AUGCAAACUCCUUUCAGAAAGCAACCCAAAAGCGUCAAAUAAAUUAUUAAGGAAUUAAUACUUAAAGAAAUGGAAAAGGAGGGCAAAAAAACUAACUUCAACAUAGUAGUAAUUCCCACUAGGGUUGGAUAAUCAUGUUGGGGGACUACUAAUUUAAGAAGAAUAUCACCUACAAAUUAUUAAAGAGUUGAUUAAGGCCCAGUAUUUUCUCCUAUAAAUUGUACUCAAAUCUCUCCUAUUACUUUCAGCUAAGGAACCCCUAAAAACAGCAAAACUAAAUAAAAGUCAAAAUAUUAAAAAUUAUUAAAAAUGACUGAUGAAUAACCUUAUCAAUAUAAGAAAUAAUAGGAGAGAUAUAAAACUGAAGCCCGUUAAAAAUCUUUAUCUCUUAAUACUGCAAAAAAUAUCCAUUAAAGAUUGCCUUCUUUGCCUAGAAAGAUUAAUUAUUUGACUGAGGAAGCAAAAAGUCUACAAAUUAAAUUAACAGACACAAUCGAAGGAUAUCAGGUACAUGAAGAUGAUAUGUCAUUUGAAAUUGAUGAAUAUGUUAAAAUGAAAUAUAUUAAAUAGAUAAAAUAUUAAGGAAAUUGA